CCUAAUCAGGACCUGGCGCGAAUUGAGCGACGACAUCUGCUUUGAUUCCGCCGGCGAUGUUCGGCCUCGCGCUUGGAUGGCACGUCGUAGCCGUCGCACUCGACGUCUACGACCUCGUGGGCAGCCCGUCGCCGGUGCCGUCGCCCGCGACAACACCGGUCCCAAGCACGACGUUGCCACCAACGACGGUGCCACCACCGACGACGCCGCCGCCAACGACACUGCCGCCACGCGUCCCUGGCAACAUCAAGCUGCCGCCGUAUACGCCCUUGUCACCAGUGCCCACGGCCGUCUCGUGUCCGCGAGGGCGUCAAGUCAAGGCGGGCGAGACCGUAUACAUGACCAUGGACGACGGGCCAUCGGUUCUUGGUCGGCAAAACCUGCUCGAGGCGCUCGACCCAACGCCGUUCAAGGUGACGUUCUUCGAGUCGGGCUACAACUUUUGCGGCCCCGAGACCAAGUUUGAGCUCAUGUUGCAGUGCAAGCCCGAGGCAAAGCCCAAGAUCACCGAACUCUCGGUCUGGACGAUCAAGAAAGGGCAUGUGCUCGCGUCGCACUCGGACACGCAUUUUUACGACGAGGCGUCGACCAAGUGCGAGUACGCCAAGAUGACGGCGCUCACCAAGAUCGCCGACAAGUACGCGUCGUGCGGCCGAGACGCUACCUCGGACAUUGUGCGAGGCGCGCUGCAUUUUCAAGAGGCGUGGGCCAACGACACACUGUGGGAUACGCGCGAAGAGCAGGCGCAGUAUGCUCGCCAGCUCUCGAACCUCUGGAGCCUCGCGCGGCUGCCGUGCACCAACGUGUGGCGGGUGCCUGGGAAAAACUACAAAUGGUCGCUCUACGGAAGCGAGUCGGGUAGCGAGCAGACGCUGCGCACAAGCAUUGCGGACCAACUCGUGGGCGGCAGCCAUCUUCCGUGCAAGAACGAGACGUUCCAGGGCAAGCCGUGGGCCGUCUUUGGCUGGGACGUCGACUGGCGCUGGGACAAGGACCAGAUGCGCGACUUGAGCGCGGAAAAGUGUCGAAUCGUCCAAGCCAUCGAGCACAAUUUUGACGCGCCCAACAAGGAUGGCGCGCGCCGGCUCGGCGUUGUCGUGCUCGCCCACGACUACCACUAUAGCACCAAGGAGCUCGCGGUUAUGUUUCGAGAUACGAUUGUCGAGCUCAAGCUCCGGGGGUACAACAUCGACACGAUGGACAACUAUAAAUUUGCGUGGUAAAAAUGGCAGAAUCCACGCCUUCUCUUGUACGACGUGAUAUAUGAUAAUGGCUUCGCCAACAAUGCAGGAA